UCCCGUCACAACCUUUGUACUAUUUGAGGGCACGUGGCAGUGGGUUCGGUGUCCAAUGGGGAUUUGCAAUGCGCCUGCCACAUUUCAGCGAGCGAUGAACAUGACGUUCCAGAAUUUCGUCAACAAGACACGGCUGAUGCAAGGGAUGCUUAACUUCUGCGUGAUCAUGUACAUGGACGAUAUCCUGGUCUAUUCGGAAACCUAUCACGGGCACGCGCAAAAUAUCGAGUGGACGUUGGGCGCGUUGCGAGACGCUGGGUUCAAGAUUGCGCUCGAGAAGAGCGAAUUUUUCCUCUCGGAAAUUUUGUCAUUGGGCUACGUCGUGACACGUGGAGGAUUGCGGCCGGACUCGAGAAAAGUUGCGGCGGUGAAGGAAGCCCCGGUUCCCACGUCACUAACGCAGGUUCGAGCCUUCUUGGGGUUGGUAUCGUACUACCGGCGCUUCAUCAAGGGUUUUGUCGUGAUUGCACGACCACUAACGAAUCUGUUACGAAAGGACCAACCUCUCAGCUGGGACGCGGAGUGCCAGCAGGCCUUUGCAACCCUCAAAGACGCUCUGGCGACGGCCCCUAUUUUGAUUCAGUCGGACUCCUCGAAGCAGUUCAUUCUCAUCACAGACUCGCAACCGGAAGCUAUUUCCGCUAUUCUAGCGCAGAAGGGGAACGAUGGUCGAGAACACGUCAUCGAGUACGCGUCGCGCACCGUACCGGACGAACGAAGGAAUGACUUGACACCUCAAGGCGAAUGCUACGCAGUAGUCUGGGGAAUCCAACACUUCCAUCUGUAUCUCUACGGACAGAAGUUUCGCCUCGUGACAGACCACGAACCCUUGCUGGCGCUGAAGAAACUCACCAACUACACGGAUAUGAUUGGCCGUUGGGCGGUGCAACUGCAAGAAUACGACUUCGAUAUCGUCCAUCGAAAGACAGAGCAACACGGAAACGCGGACGGGCUGACACGUCUGCACCGACCUGCCAAGUGGGCGGCGCUGAAAGCAGAAGAGGAGGCCAAAGAGGAAUUGGAAGGAGAAUUGAGGAGAGAGGUCGGGGAAGCAGCGGCCCGAUUGGCGGAGGACGAGGAAGAAGAGCGCAAAGCUGAAGAAGAAGAAGAAGAAGAAGAAGAAGAAGAAGCAGAGGAGGAGACGUCGGAGGAAGAGGAAGAAUCCUAUAGUGAGUAUAGCGAGGGCGAGCAAAGUGAGGAGGAGGACGAAGACGACGAAGAAGUGGAAAGCGGAGACGACCAGGCGCCAACGCAUGACGACGAGCUCGAGUGGGUGCCAGGACCAGAUCGACGAGAGGAGAACCCUGAGGCUCCUGCGCAGCGCACGAAAGAGAUCGCGGAAGGAAGUCUGGGAAACCAGCGAAUUGGGGGAGACCGUAGCGAAAGUUGCCACGCCACUAGGCCAUGUCAGCAGACCACGUCAGCAGGACACGUCAGCAGGCUACGUAAGUACGUCAGCAGACCACGUCAGCAGGCUACGUCAGCAGGACACGUCAGCAUUGCCACGUCAGCAGCAAGGGAUACCACAUCAGCAGGCACUGGUCUGGUCUAUGCUGUUGCAAUCACAGACAACAGUCAUGGACCAAAAGGGAGGGGAAACAAACGAGGCUUAUCUGGCCGCAUGUUAGCCUGGAGUACCGAGACAAAUAAGCGGGCAGAUGACGCUGUCGCAGCAGCCAAGAAAAGGACCGAGGAUGCCGAGCAGGCACGUCUGCUGGUCGUGCAACAACAACGCCGGCACGACGAGGCAGCAGCAAGGGCUGCCGACGAAGAAAGGACACAGCGUCGUGAGAAGAUAUUCACCGGAGAGUGGGCAUUACUUCCCAUGGCAGGAGAAUGGCGAAGCGAGGCCGAGAACAACCAGUUGGAGGACAGCGCAAACAAGAUAGCGCUCCUCCUCUCACAUCUCACGGAUCUCUUGGCAACCUGCAUUACACAGCAGGUGGAGAUCCUUGGUCUUGACAACUCGGUAGCUCAGCUCCAAGACUGCCUUCAGCGAGUGGAGCAGCGACCAGUCGCCGCCGCUGACGCAGGCUCUUCUAAUACUGCCGACCGCCUCACCGCAUUGGAGAUGCACGUCGGCUCCCUCCAAGAUGGCGCACAGUUACAGCAGACCGUGACGCAACAGUUGCAGCAGCGGGUCUGCACUACCGCCACCACCUCUAGUCCGGAGCCGCGCGAGACAGCUCCUAAGUUCGAGGGGCAGGAGAUUUUCCACGACUCAAUCAAGACAGAUCCAAUUCCAUGGUUUCGCAAGUUCGAGCUCAUGCUACAGCUCCACAACGUCAAGGAAAACAAGCACCACGCUUACUUGUACUCUCGCUCAUGGGGCGCGUGUCAGGCGUGGUUGGACAACUUGCUGUCCAAAUACGGAGUGGUAGCAGCGGACUUGCACACCAUGAUCAGCUGGGAUGAUCUGAAGGCAGCGUGGCACAAGCGGUUCCAGGUGGAGCCGCCAGAGAUCAAAGUCAUGGAUAAGCUUAUGGUCUUCGAGCAAGGCAUGCUGCCGAGUACGGACUGGAUCGCCGAGUACCAACGCUUGACGUCAGUCCCAGACAUCCAGAUGGGCUUCAAGGCCGUCCGCCACUACUUCAUCUCAAGGUCAUGUCCGGCAUUGAGCAAUGCCCUGACGCAUGUCGAGGACACCUUGACGACGACGACAGAGUUAUUUGACAAGGCUGCGCAGAUCAUCGUUACGAACAAGGAGGUCAAGAACCUCCGUUCAUCUGCGUUAGGCCCGAGCGGGAACCAGCAUCGGCCACGAGUGGCCGUGGUCGUAGCGGCAGCGCCGUUAGACCAAUCCAGCGAGGCUGCGUCUGCCAGUGAAGGGGACAAAUUCGCAGCCGCCCGAGAAGGUGGCCGCCCCGGCAGAGGCCGAGGCUGUUUGCCGGGACCGCAAUGCGUAGCACUUAGCGCUCAUCUCCACACUUGCCUUUCCUUUUAUGCACCACCAACUUCGCCGACGGAUGACGAAGUCGCGGUGGGGGACAUCCUGGCGUACGUUACCAAGGUGGCCCGCGAGUUUCGCACGCAGCGGUACGAUAACAACAAUGCACCGCUCAUGUAUGUCCGCAUCCAUAUUGGGCAAGCGUCCUACAGCGCUUUGCUGGAUAGCGGCGCGACUCGCAACUUCAUGAGCCAGUCUUUUAUCCAAAGAGCUGGCCUUGGCGCACAAGUUCGGAGAAAGGCAAACCCGACGGCGAUCAAGUUGGCGGAUGGAAAGACACAGCAACUACUCGACCGCUACAUCGAGGCCGUACCGGUGACAUUUGAUAUUCUCGACACGGACUUCGACAUCAUUCUGGGAAUGCCUUGGCUUGCAAGUGCGGAUCACACGGUCAACUUCCAUCGGCGGACUCUUAGCGUUCGCGACGCCUUCAGCGCGGAAGUGGCGUUUGGACUUGAAAUCGAGAGAUCAUCAAAUCUCGAUUCAGCCGAACAAUCAUACAAAACUGCAUUCAAGACGCGGUACAGGCAUUUUGAGUGGGUGGUCAUGCCUUUUGGCCUCACCAAUGCCCCGGCGACGUUCCAAGUGGCGAUGACCAAUGAGUUCCGUGCAAUGUUGAACCGGUUCGUGCUGGUCUACUUAGAUGAUAUUCUCGUCUACAGCCGGACAUUGGAGGAUCAUCUUGGACAUCUUCGACGAGUGUUGGAGACGCUCUGUCAUGCCAAGUACAAGGCCAACCGCGACAAGUGCGAAUUUGUCCGGCAAGAGCUGGAAUACUUGGGCCAUUUUGUCACACCGGAGGACAUCAGUACGCUAUCGGACAAGAUUCAGGCCGUCCAAGAGUGGUCGGAACCUCGGAACGUCACGGAUGUCCGCUCGUUCCUCGGUCUUACUGGCUACUAUCAGCGCUUCAUCAAAGGCUACUCCAAGAUUGCGACCCACUUGAACAAGCUUCAGCGCGAGGAUCGACCGUUUGACUUUGGAGAGGAGGCGCGAGGAUCAUUCUUCGCUCUCAAAGUCGCGCUAUUAUCUGCGGAGGUCUUGCGAAUCUACGACCCGCUUAGGCCUACGCGUACCCAAGACACCGUCAACAGCACCAUCGCUCGAUGGAUGGCUUUCAUCGACCAGUUCGACUUCUUUCCCGAUCACAUUCCCGGGAAGUCGAACCGUUUUGCGGAUGCUCUUUCACGGCGUCCGGAUCACUGUACCGCAGUCUACUCAACCUUCAAGAUCGACGACGACCUGCGGAACAGCUUCAUCCGCGGCUACCAAGCCGACCCCGAUUUUUGCGACAAGUACGCGAAUUGCUCCUCUCCUAAUCCGGCUCCUUUUCACUACCGGAUCCAAGAGGUGUACUUGCUUGUCCACACGCGGGGGAAGGACCUUCUUUGCGUACCGAGUGAUCCUCACUUGCGUACACGGCUUCUUGGCGAGUUCCACGACGCUCCCGCCACUGGACAUUUUGGAGUCAAUCGCACAAUUGGCCGACUUCGCCAGCGAUUUUGGUGGCCCGGCCUUCUCGGCGACGUCACACGCUAUUGCGAGUCAUGCGAGGUUUGCCGAUGCUGCAAAUCCCACAACCAUCGUCCGUACGGCGAGUUACGACCAUUGCCAGUCCCGUUGCGGCGAAGGGAAGCGAUUGUCAUGGACAUUACCGGCCCGUUCCCCAAGCACAAGACUGGAGUGGAUAGGAUUCUCACGGUGGUCGACCGACUCACCAAGUUCGCCAUGUUUUUGCCUUGUCGCUAUCAUGCCAAGGCACCGGAGUUGGCCGAGGAUCUGUACGCCGGUUGGAUUCGCACCACGGGUUACCCCAAGGAGAUCAUCUGUGACCGCGACACUCGGUUCAUGUCCCAUUUUUGGUUUGCGCUCAUCAAGCGAUGGGGCUCAUCUCUCAGGCCCAGUUCAGCUCGCCACCCUCAGACCGAUGGUCAGACGGAGAGGGCGCAGCAGACAACACAGGUUCUCCUUCGCACUCUCAUCCGCCCCGACCAGAAAGACCGGGUUGAGCGACUGCCGGGUGUUGAGUUGGCCUACAACUCUUCCAUCCACCCGACUAUUGGGAUAUCGCCCUUCGAGUUUGAGCAUGGCUCGCUGGUCACAUCACCGUUGGACACUAUUACUCAACGCACGGCCGAGAGCGACGACCAUCUUCUUUUCUUGCGGCGGAUGCAAGAGCUUCUUUUCAAGGCACACGACCAGAUGGCUAAGACGCAACAGCGCAUGCGCCAACAGGCAAAUCGCCAGCGUCUUCCUUGUCCAUUCCGUGUCGGAGACCUUGUCUGGGUUUCAGCAGCGGAAUUCAGCCUUGAACAGGACAUCUCUCGCAAGCUCCUUCCGAAAUGGAUGGGGCCUUGGCCGAUCAUCGAGCCCGUUGGGGACGCACCUGAGGGGCCUUCCUUCACGAUUCAGGUGCCUAGCCACUUGCCCGUCUACCCAGUCUUUCAUUGUUCCAAAUUGCCUUUGAACACGUCUGCGGAACAUGAUGAUUUUCGCGGGAGACGUACGCAGGAUCCACCUUCUAUGGAUGGUUUUCAGGAGGUCGGCGACAUCAUCUCCCAGCGACGCUACGGCAACAAGCCAACUGAGUAUCUGGUGCAUUUUGCUCACAGCACUCAUCGAGCUGAUCGUUGGUUGACCCGUGCGGAACUGCAAGCGACAGCUCCAGACGUUCUCGCACGCUAUGAACGCAAGAUGCAAGGCAAACCGGAUUCUUCGGCUCCACGCCGUGCCCGCAUCCAGGUUCCACCUUCAGACCGAUGGCUUCGCCCUCACCCCGGCUUGACUUCAUAAGGAAGGGGUGGUGUUACAUGCAGCGCGUGCACACACGGGCCAUUUUGCAAGCCCGACGAC